AUGAGUGUUACCCUUCCCCCAGUCACCGUCACCGGUACUCCAAGCCUUCCUGUGGCCACGCCAGCCGCUCUGGCAGCUGCUGGAUGCCUGAGUGACGCCCAAGCAACAAGCAUAGUCAGUGCGUGGAAGACCAUCCUCACCUCGCCAGAUCGAGCAAGCGCGAGCGCAACGGCCCAAACACUGAUUGCGGACGAGUUCCUGGAAACAAGCGAUGCGAUCAAUUCUCUGGCCGGAAAUUCGUUGGGCAACGCCACUUUCGAUGGCAAGGACGGCUUCAUCGCUGCCGUGCUGCAGAAUUUACCCGUCCCGCUGCUGACCACGCUGGACAUCUUUCACGACUGCAGUCGGAUUGCGUUCUACUGGGCUGCCAGCGGAGUAGGUUCAGCACUCGAGGACGUCCGGGGCGUCGACCUGCUGUAUGUUACAGAGGACCUGUCGCAGAUCAACAUGGCCAUGGUCGAGUUCAACAGUCUUGCGUGGGGGAAGGAUGUGGGGUGGCAGAUUGUGAGGGCGAACGGAACAAAGUAUUGA